AUGUUGUGCUGUGCCGGCGAGAAGGAGGAGCCGCUCGGCUCGCCUGCCGGCUACCCGGCCACGCCGCCGCCACGAGCACCAGCAUUAAGUGUUACGCCUGUUCGAUUCGAUCCGUUCGUGGUGUUAAAAUGCAAUGCGUUGGUCGGUCGAUCAAUCUCGUCGUUGUUUGCAGCGCAAGCGAGAGGGCCGAACGCACCGAGGAACGGCGUCGGGCCGGCGAAGGUGCUGCCGAUCGACGUGCCGGCCGUCACGCUGGCGGAGCUCAACCGCCUCACGGGCAACUUCGGCGCCCGGUCGCUGGUCGGGGAGGGAUCCUACGGCCGCGUGUACCGCGCGAAGCUUAGCUCCGGCGAGACCGUGGCGGUCAAGAUGUUCGACAACUCCGGCUCCGGGCAGUCGGAGGCCGAGUUCUGCGCACAGCUGUCGGUGGUGUCGCGGCUCAAGAGCGAGCACUUCACCCAGAUGCUGGGGUACUGCCUGGAGCUCAACAACCGGAUCGUGCUCUACGAGUUCGCCACCAACGGCUCCCUCUACGACAUCCUGCACGGCAAGAAGGGCGUGCAGGGCGCCGAGCCGGGGCCGGCGCUCACCUGGAGCCAGCGCGCCAGGGUGGCGCUCGGCGCCGCCAGGGGCCUCGAGUACCUGCACGAGAAGGUGCAGCCGUCCGUCAUCCACCGCGACGUGCGCUCCAGCAACGUGCUCGUCUUCGACGGCCACGACGGCAAGAUCGCCGACUUCAACCUCACCAACCAGUCCCCCGACACCGCGGCGCGGCUCCACUCCACCAAGGUCCUCGGCACCUUCGGCUACCACGCGCCCGAGUACGCCAUGACGGGCUGCCUCACGCAGAAGAGUGACGUAUACAGCUUCGGGGUCGUCCUCCUCGAGCUCCUCACCGGCAGGAAGCCCGUCGAUCACACCAUGCCCAAGGGCCAACAGAGCCUCGUCACCUGGGCCACUCCGAGGCUGAGCGAGGACAAGGUCAAGCAGUGCAUCGACCCCAAGCUCAACAACGACUACCCACCAAAAGCAGUGGCCAAGCUCGCAGCGGUGGCGGCGCUGUGCGUGCAGUACGAAGCCGAUUUCAGGCCCAACAUGACCAUUGUCGUCAAGGCUCUGCAGCCCCUUGUCAAUGCCCGGCCGGCUGGAGAUCACUAG